GUUGCUCAGCGAUCUCCUGGGCGACGACGCCGAGGAAGUCAACGCCGCCGCGAAGCUGCCCAUCGCCCCCGCCAAGGUCUCCCUUUCCAGCGCGGCUGGGAUCCGCGAGAUCACAGGCAUGCUACGGGUGCCCCCCCCCCAUAGCCAGGGACACUCCCGCGGCCAAGGCAACGCUCCAGCAGGGCAGAUGCUAUCACGAGGCCGCCAACGACGACCCUUCGGCGCAGGAGGGUUUGGGCAUCCCCUUCAUCUACGCGUUCGUGGGCCUACUGCAUGGGCUGGGGAAGUGCACGGACCUGGCUCAGACAGACUGCGACAAUCUGAAGGCUUGGUACAUGGGCAACACAAGGGGGGGAACAGUGCAAGCCCCAUGA